GUAGCAGCUGGGAGAACCGGCUGGAUGCGGCCCCUCCCCUUGGGCGUGGAGGUAGGCACCUGGCGGUCCCCGGGUGGCAGACGCCACCGGUGCACACACCUGGUCCCCGUGCCGUCUGCUCCCAGCGCGUCCUCCUCUCCCCAGCCUCGCCCGCCUGCCAUGGGUGAGCCUGCCGAGCCCGGGAACCAGGCCGAGUGGGAACCCUAUGAGAAAAACAUCUUGGCGAUCAGCCAGAAUUUGUCAGGCGAAUACUUCAGGUACAAAGGCAUCCUCUUCCCCGUGGGCCUCUACUCACCUGAGAGCAUCAGCAUGGUAGAGAACGCCGAAGUACAGGACGAUGACAUCUUCAUCGUCACCUACCCCAAGUCAGGGACCAACUGGAUGAUUGAGAUCCUGAGCUUAAUCCUAAAGGACGGGGACCCCUCCUGGGUCCACUCAGUGCCCAUCUGGAAGCGGUCGCCCUGGUGUGAAGCCAUCAUAGGUGCCUUCAGCCUCCCCAACCAGCCCAGCCCCCGCCUCAUGAGCUCCCACCUCCCCAUCCAGCUCUUCGCCAAGGCCUUCUUCAACUCCAAGGCCAAGGUGAUCUACAUGGGCCGGAACCCCCGGGACGUGGUGGUCUCGCUCUAUCACUACUCCAAGAUCGCCAGGCAGUUGAAGGACCCUGGCACGCCCGACCAGUUCCUGGAGAACUUCCUCAAAGGCGAAGUGCAGUUCGGCUCCUGGUUCGACCACAUUAAGGGCUGGAUUCGGAUGAAGGGCAAAGAGAACUUCCUGUUUAUCACUUACGAGGAGAUGCAGCAGGAUCUCCGUAGCUCCGUAAGGCGCAUCUGCCAGUUCUUGGGCCGGCCGCUGGGCGAGGAGGCGCUGGAGUCCGUCGUGGCACACUCGGCCUUCAACGCCAUGAAGGCCAACACCAUGUCCAACUUCUCCCUGCUGCCCCACAGCCUGCUGGACCAGCGCCACGGUGCCUUCCUCCGGAAAGGGGUCUGCGGUGACUGGAAGAACCACUUCACGGUGGCGCAGAGUGAAGCCUUCGACCGCCUCUACCGCGAGCAGAUGCGGGGGCUGCCGACCUUCCCCUGGGACGUGGACCCCGAGGACGCCAGUCCGGACCCCGACCCGAGCCCCAGCCCAGAUCAGGCCUCCGAAGCACCCCACCCGUGACCCUGAGAAUAAAAGCGUGUCUCUCCUG